CUUGAAGGUUAUGGUGUGUUUGUGGCUAUAAAUACACAACACCUUAGCUACAAAACUGUUAUCAAUAAUUCAAUAUCUCUUUCAAUGUAUCCCCCUCCCUCUCUACCAAUCUCUUGUUCUGCUUAUGGAGAUCAACAACCGUAUGACACAAAAAGACACCAAUCAUCCUCAAUCUCCUCGAAAGAGGAUUUUAUGCCAACCGACAUAAACGAUAAGCAAGAACUGUCCAUCAAACAUUCGAAACAUUUAGAGGAAGUUCGAAACCUUCUUAAAGAAGAGCCUUUCCAAACUUUGGACAUGGUUGACUGUCUCCAAAAACUUUGCAUCGGUCAUCACUUCCAAGACGAGAUUGACUCGAUCUUGAAAAUGUCUUACACUAGAAUUUCCAAUGGCGGUGUCGAUAAGAAUGACCAGAGUCUAUUUGAGGUCGCUCGUUGUUUUCGAAUCCUUCGACAAGAAGGUUACUAUGUUCCUUCUGAUGUUUUUUCGUUCAUCAAGCAAGACGAUGGGAGGUUUAAGGAAGAAAUAGCACAAGAUGUUAAGGGAUUAGUGGCAUUAUACGAAGCAUCACAGCUAAGCAUAGGAGAAUGUAUAUUUGAGGGGGCUGUGGAGUUUUGCAGCGAUCGUCUUACAGGAAUGAUGGGGUUUCUUGUUCAAGAUGAAACUUUAAUGGUGAAAACUACACUAGAACAUCCUUAUCAAAGAACCUCAUCAUCAUUUUUGGUCAAGAAAUUUAUCAAACAUUACGCAGGGUCUGCCAUGUCUCAACUAGCCGAGUUGGAGUUGGCUAAAGUCCAGUCCGCACAUCAGACCGAAGUAGAGAAAAUUUCCAGAUGGUGGAAGGACUUGGGUUUGGCUCAAGAGUUGAAGCUUGCAAGAAACCAACCAUUGAACUGGUACUUAUGGCCCAUGGCUAGCCUCAUAGAUCCCAACUUGUCAGAGGAGAGAGUUGAGCUCACAAAGCCCAUUGCUUUAAUCUUUAUAAUCGAUGAUAUAUACGAUCUUUAUGGAACUCUAGACGAACUCAUCGUCUUCACAGAAGCUGUGAAAAGAUGGGAUACUAACUCCCUUGAUCAACUUCCAUAUCACCAAAGGAUUUGUAUUCAGGCUCUAUAUGAUGUAACACAUGAAAUCAGUGACAGGAUCUACAAGAAACAUGGAUUCAAUCCCAUUGCGUACUUUAAAAACACGUGGAUAACUCUUUGUGAAGCAUUUCUAGUGGAGGCAAGAUGGUUUGCAUCGGGGAACUUACCGAUGGCAGCGGAUUACUUGAAGAACGGGAUCGUAAGUUCUGGGGCACAAGUAGUUAUAGUGCACAUGUUCUUCCUCCUCGGCGGUGGUACGAGCAAGGAAACCGCUAGUGUUAUUAACGACAACCAAGUCAUUCCAACAUCUUUGGCAAAAAUUCUUCGUCUUUGGGACGACUUAGGAUGUGCCAAGGAUGAGAAUCAAGAUGGUCAUGACGGAUCAUACGUGAUGUACUACAUGAAAGAAAACGAAGGUUGUUCGAUUCAGAAUGCACGCGAACAUGUUAUGUCGAUGAUAUCAGAUACAUGGAAGCAACUAAACAAGGAGUGUCUCUUCCAAAAUCAAUUUUCAGCAACAUUCACAAAGGCUUGUGUGAAUCUUGCAAGGAUGGUCCCAAUUAUGUAUAAUUAUGAUGAGAAUCAUUCACUUCCUCUACUUAAAGAAUAUAUAAACUCAAUGUUUUAGGGGGGAAAACUCACAAGAACCACAUAUAAUAGGGGUUAAGUUCAUGUUUGAACCAUCAGAAGCUCAUGUGGAAAUUUGUGUAAUAGAUUUCUAUGUCAAGUUUUUAGUUAUUGAAUUAUUCACAUAUUUACUAGGAAGUGAAUUAUGGGGAA